CAACAUCACUUGCAAGCAGGUCGACUACGAAGCUCUGGCAGAAGAAUAUUUGAAGAUUCCAGUGAAUGGGAUCCUUCGUUUGAAAGGCGAAGAUGAUCCUAAAUUCAUGGAGUUGGCGUUUCUACACAUCAAAGAACUCACAAGGCCUUAUGUGGGGAAAUUGCUGUCCGACUGGGCCAAGUCGGUUUUCGAAGCCAAAGGAAGAAAUGAAAGUUCAGAUAACAACACAUGCCUCGUGACAAAGAAGGAAAGGGACUACGAAGCUUUGGCCGACGAACAUGUGAAGAAAACACCAAUUAACUGGGCUGAUUUCCUGACUCCUUACGAUUAUAUUUUAAACACUGCCGCUCCAAGCAGGGAUGCAUGGCCCUGGUCAAACUACAUUGAGAAUGGAGAGGCAAGAGUGAACUGUGGUCCGACGGCGUGGCUGCUGUGGCUCGCGGCCGCCGUCGUGUCUCGGGCGGCCGAGCGGUGAGAGGGAGCCCCGCCCGGAUCCCAGGGGAGACGAGGGCAGAGGGCGAAUCGAAGCGCGAUAAGACCCGCUGUUCAAGAGUGUUAUCUGUAUACUUGCAUGCAUCCACCCAUUCAUACAUACAAACAUACAUAUACAUAUACAUGUGAGCAUCCAUGAAUAUAUAAAUGAAUACAUACAUACAGUACAUACAUAUAUAUAGGCAUCCACACAUACAUACAUACAUACAUGCUU